UGUGGGAUGGCUAGCAUAGCGCGUUAAGAACAAAAACAAGAUAUAAUUGAUAUAAUUUAGUGGUUACAAAUUGUUUCAUAUUUGAAAAAACUUUUUUUUUUUAAAAACUUGUGUUAAAUAUUAAUUGUAUAUAGUUAGUCAGUUAGGUGUUUUUUUUUUUAACCACAGCGGCGUUAGCUGUGAAACGUUAGCUGACUGUUAUUGUGCCAGGAAACUUUGCUAGAAUGACUUCGUCUUCAGCAAAGGUGGGCGAGAUCUUCUCUGCGGCAGGAGUUGCCUUUAGUAAACUGGGUGAACUCACCAUGCAGCUGCAUCCUGUAGCUGAUUCCUCUCCUGCAGGAGCCAAGUGGACAGAGACUGAAAUUGAGAUGCUGCGUUCAGCUGUCAGCCGAUUUGGUGAUGAUUUGAACAACAUCAGCUCUGUCAUUAAAGAGCGCACAGUUGCCCAGAUUAAGACCACAGUAAAGAGGAAGCUCUAUGAGGACAACAGAGUCCCGCUGUCAUCAGAGCCGCCCCAAAAGACUGUGAAGAAAAUGCUAGCAGCGACUUCAGCAUCCAUGACUCCAAUCUCACAAGCCGUGACAACAGGAUUGCAGCGGGCGUCUUCUUUGGCACACGCUAUCAAAAAGCCAAAAACUGCAGAUGUGACACUCAGUGCCCUGAAUGACUCCGAUGUCAACAGUGAUCUGGUGGAUAUGGAAGGAUUAGGAGAGGGUUCUACCAAGAAAAACAAUUUUGACCAAGAGUGUCUGAGUUUGGACUCCAGCCUUAUAAUGAACUCCAGCGACCUGCCACUGCUUUCGCGGUGAAAUCCAUUCACUGAACUGUUAGUGGAAGACCAAUGCAGACAAGAUGAUGCGACAUUCAGGCUAAUAAAUGAAGACUGAUCAAAGAAAAAUAGAGAAAACCCAAUCUCAAACUCUCAAUUUUAUGAUACCGAAAAGGUAUUUUUGAAUUUGCUAGAUACAAUGAGCUUAAAGUCAAGACUGGCUUUGGACAUUAAAAGUUUUAGAUGACUGAGUAAAACUCCUACAGCUACGCUAGUUUUGUUUUUGUAUUAUAUUUUAAAAUACUCUUUAUUGUCAAAGAGGGUAGUGACCGCUCCCAUUGACUUUUUUACCAAUGGGUCUUGACACAAUGCAUCAUCAAAUAAAUAAAUAAAUAAAUAAAGGGGUUAAAUACAGUAUCUUUAUUUUCCUGAUCGAUAUUUACAACGUAAAAUACAAAUUCAAAAUUGAACAGCAUUUUGUAUCUACUAGAAAUUAGAAGAUAAGCGGUGCAGAAUAUGCUGAGAGGGAAUGAAUAUAUCUUUAUAUACCUCAUUGCUUUAUUUUACAAUUCAGAAAAAUACUUCUUCAGUUUAUUGUGGCUAUAUCAUAUUUACAUGUCAAACACAAGAGGCAAGAGUUGUGUGUAUGUUUUCUUUUUAAAAUCAUAUUAUAUAAUGCUCCAUAUGCUUAAAAUAAUUUUCUGGCCUCAUAUCCCAGCUUUGUAACAGACACUGAUUAACACUCGUCCUUCAUCCAUAAAAAAAAAAAAAAAAGAAGUAAAAUGCAGAUAAUGAGCUUCCCAUUUAAGUAAGAGAAAAUAAACGACAAAAAUGUACAAACCUAAAACUGUUUUUCAAGUUAUGUCUGUUCUUCAACCAAAAAAAAAAAGUCCAAAUUACUGAAAUAUACUUUUGAAACAAAAUUGACAAUUUGUGAAUUUACAUAAAUAAUACAUUUACAUUUCAAUGAUCAAUAUGUUCAUUUCAGAAAAAAAAAAGCAAAGAGAGAAGACACAGAAUGUUGAAAAACAAAAAAAAAAGAAUCAGACUUCUAUUCCAUGAUGCACUUAUAUCCAUAUUGCACGAUCCUUUUCACAACUCGAUUGAGAUCCAUUGGUAUUAAUUUAAACAGGAGACUCACAAUAUGUGCAAAUAUCUUUGGAAUUACGUUACAAGGCAUUUCAUUGUACCAGCAAUAAAGCUAAAAGGAAGGAAAGGCAAGAGCGUUUCAAGAAAUCUUCCAAGAAAGUUCCUUCUCUACAUCCUUACGAAGUAAAAUCAAUGCUACGCUUGAAAUAUAAGGUUGGAAUUUAGCUGCUGAGACGCAAUUCUGAAAUGUAACGUGGCUCGACGCUUUCUAGUCAGUGUUAGAUCCACAACAGUCCUGCUCAAAGACUGUCUUGGAAACAUUGAUGCAUGUCAGCAAAAAUAAAAGUCGACAAUCAGCAAA